CAGUUCGGGCUAUAUCCACGGGCUCACCUAGUCAUUUGGUGCGAGCACUCGGUCGCGGACGUGUUCCGGGCUCACUCUGCCUCGUGUUCGUGACGCACAGGUUCAAAAAUUCCGCGAGACAUUACUGCAAUAAUACAAAAUGAAGGACAUUCGCACUCAGUUUCAGACAAAUGGCUACGUCGUUUUGGAAGAUUUCUUUCAACCAGAAGAAAUCGAAGAAUUAAGAACUUGCGGAGAAGAGUUUACAAAUAAGUUGCCACCUGAGUCGGAACGGAAAGUAUUCGAUACGAUACAGUUACAACAGAAUAAGGACAAAUAUUUUUUGGAUAGCGCUAAUAAAAUAAGUGUUUUUUUCGAGACUGAAGCUCUAACAGCAGACGGAAAAUUGAAGGUUCAUCCAAGAGUAUCAUUAAAUAAAGUAGGUCAUGCUCUUCAUUGGUUACACCCUACUUUCAAAAAAUACACAUUUGACGAAAGAGUAAAAGAAGUUGCUUUUCAAUUAGAGUACGAGGAACCAGUGGUAUGUCAAUCAAUGUACAUAUACAAAAAUCCUGGAAUAGGCUCGGAAGUUACGAUGCAUCAAGAUGUAUCGUAUUUAUAUGUUGACCCAGUGAAACUCGUGGGUUUCUGGAUCGCACUUGAAGAUGCAACAACUGAGAACGGGUGUCUAUGGAUCGCUCCGGGUUCUCAUCAAAGCGGAGUGCAUCGGCGUUAUAUAAGAAACAAAGAUCCAAAUUCUCAAGAAUUAUUAAUUUUCGACAGAGCGGCACCCUGCUACCCAUUAAGUAAUUUCAGACCAGUGCCAGUACGCAAAGGGACUUGCAUUCUUAUCCACGGCCAAGUGGUCCACUUUUCUUAUCCAAAUAAAAGUAAAUCAUCGAGACACGCUUACACUUUUCACGUGAUUGAGACAAAACAUGUAUCUUACUCGAAAGAAAAUUGGCUUCAACCACCUGUUGAAGGUUUUCCGAAUCUUUAUAAAAAUUGAGUGUAUUGUAUUAAUUGUGUUAAGAAUUAUUGUGUUUAUUUCACAAUUUAAUUCUUUAUAUUUCUUUUUUCACUGUACAAAAAAUAACUUCAGUCCAUACAAUUAAAUAAAAAAAUCAAGUACGUAAUUUACAUAAUUACAAAUACCUAUAGCACCAAUGAAAACAUUACAUAUGCAAAUUUUUUAGAAAACUCGUAUUUUUAUUAAUAUAUUUAAUAUAUUUUAUUAAUAUAUUAAUGUAUUUAUUAAUAAAUUUAUUAAUGUAUAAAUAUAAAUUAAUGCCGAUACACAAUUAAUUUUUGUUGGGAAAAGACAAUUUUGACAAUUAGUAAAAGAUAUUCUAUAAUAUUGUUAAUCACAAAUAAAAUCACAAUAAUUUUCAUUGAUACUAUUGAUAUCACAAUCAUCUUUAUAGAUAAUUUUUAUAUUUUUCGUUAUAAAUAAACAUUAUUUAACACAA